CCCAGAACCGCAGGGUAAAGGGAGCACGCCCCACCCCCGCUCUGGGCUGUGGAGCUUUGAGGGGUGUGAGGAGAGGGAUGGUGGGACGACUGGUGACCGACGUCGGCCAGCUGGCCUCUGGGCACCAGGAGGGGCCAAGGCCUGUCCGUAGGACGCCUGCCCCCUGCCCGCACCCUGGUGCAGACCCGGCUUCCUCUUCCCCAGGCCAGUUCCCCUUUGCCCGUGACAUGGGCCUUCUGGGGGUGGGGGUGGGCGUGCUGGAGAGGUUAAAAGUCCUGGGCUGACAGAGGGGAGGCCAGACCCAGUGGGGCCGAGACCCAGGGCCGGCUCUGCAGAUGCUGCCCGUGCUGCUGCCACCGCUGCUGCUGCUGCUGCUUAGGCCCAGGCUGACGGAGGCCUACAGCAGGAAGGACCCGGCCACGUGGCCUUGGCAGGCAAGCAUCUUUCUGGACAGCCGGUACCGCUGUGAGGGGGCCCUCAUUUCCCCAGAGUGGGUGCUGACAAGUGCCAGCUGCUUUGGCAGCUGGCCGCUGGCCCUCUUCAGCGUGACCCUGGGCCCAGAUCGGCUGGCGCUGGACACUUGUGGCAGCAAGGCCAGCGUGGAGGCGCUGCUCCUGUCCCCAGGAGGGCCCAAGGCCUCGGGAUCUGGUGCCCUGGCCCUGGCUCGGCUGGCAAGGCCACCAUCUCUCAGCAGUGCCAUAUGGCCUAUCCCUCUGGCCACCCGGCCCCAGGGGCGGGUCUGCUGGGCCCAAGGCUUUGAUCCUGACUUGGGUAAGGACAGGAGCAGGUACCUGGGCUGGGUCAGGGAGACAGCCAGGGUGGAGCUGGGGCCCUGCAUGGGGACACGAGAAGGGGCGCUGGCACCUGCUACGCCUUCCAGGGGCACUGGGCCCUCUCUGGGCCCCUCCCUGGGGCUGCUGUCCCCCAUCUCAGUGGGCCUGUCCCUGAGACAGCGAGAGUCCCACAGAGGAUGGAGCUGUAUGAGACGGGGCUGGGGGCCAGGAGAAGCCCAGCGGGGGCUCUUCUGGGGCCAAGCUGCUGAGGGUCUGCCCCAUGCCGCCACGUGCAGACCCCCACGCCCCACCCCCAAGGCUGGAGAGCACCCCCCUGAGGCUGCUGCACACCAACACCUGCAGAGACACCUUCCGCCUCCAGCCCGACUGUCCGGACCUGCAGGCCCUCCUGCCCAAGGGCUCCCGGUGCGCGAUCGCCCCCACCGGCCCAGCCCAGCUGGUGGUGAGGAUUCCAGCCGGGACCUGAGACGUGCCCCCACACACCCUGCAGACCCUCCUAAAGCCACCAGACCUGGUCACCUCUCACUCUCCCUUGGGCUCCCACCCCUCCCCGAUCCGCCCCCAGGGGAGGCUCCCCCUUCCGUUUCUGUGCGAGGCUGAAACUACUGGGAGCCCCCGGCUGCCUGGCAACCGCAAGCAGGGUGCUAAAAACCGACUUGUGUGACACCCCAAGGCCACAACGAGAAGGGAAGAGCUGCACCAGGGCGGGAGCAUCUGUGCAGAAGCGUUUUAACUGCAAAGGGAGCGGGUGGGGCGGGGGAGGCAGGUGACCCAGGCCUGGGGAAGCGGACUCCCAGGCCCGCCUCGCCUCGGAGGUGUGAAUGCUAGCAUCUUUGCUCACCUGGGUGGGGUAGGGGGGUCCGUGGGCCUGGCUGGCCGUGACCACGCCUUCCCUCCCCCACACAGGUGUCUGAUGGGAGCCCCCUGGUCUGCUUCCAAGCUAGCAGCUGGCGGCUGGAGGGUGUGAUGACCUGGGGUCCCUGCUCCCGGCCUGGCCUCCCUGAGGUCUACACACGUGCCUGUCCCCUCAUUUCUUGGAUUCGGGAGACGGUCUCCAAUGCCACCUUCGAUACCUCAGCCAAGAUGCACUCUUGGGACCGGCCCAGGACCAGGCAGAGGAGGCAGUGAGGGUCCUUCGGGAGUUCUGGGUUUGAAACCUGGCUCAGCUCCUUACCUGCUGCUGCGAUGGUGUCCCAGUCACCUCCCUUCUGAAUCUGCUUCCUCUUUUGUGCAACGGAGAUGUAUUCAAUUAUUCAGUCGUUCCACAGCUGCCACAUGCUCCCUACACAAGGUUGCUACAGCCCCUGUGCUCAUGGAGUCUGGGGGGCGAGGCGAGCAUUAGCCAGCGCUCUCACAAUAAUAAAUGUGCAAAUGCGAA